GUUAAGUGUCUCAAGGUUGGCUUGAGGCUAUUAUUAUUUGUCCACGGCGGUAGAAAUGUACAGCCUGGAAACCGAGAUUCCAAGUUUUAGGUUUUUGAAAUUUCAUUCUACAGGGUGGUUCCUUUAUUGAACUUAAUUUUUUUCUUUUUUCUUUUUUUUUUUUUAAUUUCUUUCUGAAAUAAGAUCAUUCUGAGUCCUAAGAAACUUAUCCCUAUAAAUAAGUCCUAGUCUGGGGGAGGUUUUUAGGGAAGGUGAAUGUACGAUUCCUGUGCACUAACUCAGGUCAAGUGAGGACUGUCCAAAGACUGAGACCAUCUGAGUGUCAAGUACAGAAUUCCAUGUGCUGCCAAGAAUGCCCCUCAGCAAUUUUGAAUCUAAAUGUGCCAAGCGUAUGUGCUGUUCUCCCCAGGAACAUGGUAGUGACAUUGCACCAAUGAGCAAUGGGGCCCUGUAAAGAGAUAUGUGACACUCAGAAGGUGUUGAUUUGCCUUUCUGUUUGCUGCUGAAUGCCCCAGCCAAAUUGUACAACUCUGAAAAGAGGUUGUAGUCAGGUGAGGAUCGAUCUCUUCCUAGAAGUAAGAAGUAGGAUGAGAGAAAAUGGCCUCAACUUGCGCCAGGUGAGGUUUAAGUUCACCUAAAGGGUAGCCAAGAGUAGUCAGCACAGGAAGAUCCACCCACAGUCCCCAAAUUCCACUCAGUUAUGGUUCCGCUCAGGGUCUGCCUGCUUGGUCAAGAGAGUCCCGAGUAGCUCCUGAGACUGGGUUUGCACUCGGGGGUGAGGAUGCCCAGAACCCGCUGAGCCUGGCGGUGGGGACAAAGGUUGGGGCUUGAGGGCUGGGAGAUGUGGCUGUGGGGGUUGUGACAUCACAGAGGCUGGGUCAUGAUGGGAGCUGUGGCCAGGGGCAUCACGAGGCAGCCCCAGUACCAACACAGUUGGACUAAGGGGACCACUGAGUGCCCACGUAGGGGGAAUGCUGGGCUGGAUGGGGGUCAGGCUAGAUACCCAGGGGCUCUCUAACCCAGAGUGAGAGUUGGGACCCCCAGAGCACGGCAUAGUUCUCCCUUUGGGGCUGGGAGAAGGGGGCUCAGGGCUCUCAGUGGUGCCAGGUGUCUAGAGAAUCUUUCUGGGUGGGACAGGUGCCCCCAGCCCCCUGUUCUCUCCCACCCAGACCUGCUCACCCCCUUUCUUCCCAGUAGGCCAUGUCUCCAACACUGGUCCUCAUUCUGGCUCUGUUGGCCACCCAUGCUGGGUUGAAGCUGGACUACCAGAUGGAUGCAGACAUGGUCAAACAGAUGCUGGAACGGGAGAAUUACCUACAUCAGCAGAUGACUCGGCUGCUGCAGGAGAUUGAGGAGGGGAGCACAGACAUGGUGGAAGACCCGCUCCUUUCUGCCCCGCAGCAGCAUUGGCUGCUUUGGAGCCCUGCAGCAGCAGCCCUGGUCCUGCUCACUGGAGGCUGCUGGCUGGCCAGGAGAAGGAAGCGUGCCUCUGCCAGCUGCAGGGAGCAGGAGAGUUCCAGCAGCAAGGACAAAGGUGACAAGAAGGAGAGCUCCAGAAGCAAGGAGGUCAACAAGAAAGUGAGCUCCCACAGUGAGAAAAAGACCAAGGAGCAGGAGAGCUCCAUCUGCAAGGAGAAAGGCGAUGAGCAGAACUCCAGAAGCAACAAGAAGGUCAAGGAGCAGGUGAGCUCCAGGUACAAGGGCAAAGGUGAUGAGUGGCAGAGCUCUAGCACCAAGGACAAUGCCAAUGAGCAGGAGAAGCUAAAGGGUCCACGCAGCAGUGUUAGCUCUUUGGCUGUGCCAGUCCCAUCACCAAUGGACGCAUUCAAGCAAAACUUGUCCAGCACGAGUAAACAACUGAAGGAGCUGGUGGAUGACCUCCUUGGCAUAUGCCGAAUGUUUUCCAAGAGGAACUUCAUGCCAGAAUUGCACCCAGCCACUGGGACCAGCACUUCUGAAGCCUGGAGCAUCCACGAGAACAGCAUCAACUACCGCCUGCUCGUGAUCCUGCGGCCACCCUGCGGGCAUUCGUUCAGCCUGGGCCCCAAAGAGCAGCUGCCAGGAAGUUGCUCCUGCAUUCGUGUGGUGCUGGAGUGCAUGUGCUCGAGGGACCAGCUGCUGGGGAAGAUGUGGUGCUUUCUCCACCGGUCUGGUGACCAGCUGCUGAGUGAUCAGGACUCGUACCUCCUGGACACUCUGUGCACAGGCAACUAUCUGGAUGUGGAGAAAGUCGCCUGCUGGGUCCAAAUGUUGGUGACAUCAGCCUGGCUGCUUUUGCCUCAGUCACGGCACUGUCAGCUCACGGUGCUGCCCUCCUACAGGUCCUGCAGGUUCCAGCUGACAGGCACCCCAGGGAGGCAGAUCACCACGGAGAUGGUGUUUGCAGUGCAACAGGGCAGCUCAGGUGCCUACGUGAGUCUUGAGUAGGCAGCAGCCAGUGUUGCCAGUAGACAGUGGGGCUGGAGAGCAGCCACUUGUCAGACUCACAGCAAAGACCACCCACCAGGACAAUUUCCACCUCAGAGCUGUGGACACCCUUCCCUGUCACCCAAGCGGGUGAUGACGUGGUUCAAGAGGAGCUCAGCACAAUCAGAGCUCGGGCAAUCUCUGCCUGCCCAGUUGAACUGCAAAACAUAGACCUAUUGGAGGACAGAAGUAUAGAAGAAUACAAGCAUAGGAGCAGAGAAGAAUAGAACUGUGGGACCAAAGGAGAGUAGAAGACUAGAACAUAGAAGCGUCAGAGAAUAAAAGCGUAGGGGAAUAGAAUAGGAGAAGUUAGAAGUGUAGAGGUAGAGAAGAAUAGAACUGUAGGACCAUAGGAACAUAGAAAAAUAGAAGCAUAGAAGUGUAGAAGCGUAGAAGAGUAGAAGCAUAGUACCAUAAAGGAGUAGGAGAAUAGAAGAACAGAAGAAUAGAACCACAGAACCUUAGAGUUGUUUGGGUUGUAAGAGAUCUAAAAGAUUAUUAAAGAUUUUCCAGGAAGGAAGGAAGGAAGGAAGGAAUAAAGGAAGAAAGAUGUAGGAAGAUGUCUUCUCCAUUGUUUGCCUCUCUGAGAAGAAAAGAUAUUCCUAUUAAUAGUUCCCAAAAGCUGACUCAAGAAGAAUGGUGUUGACUGCAGUACUGAAUCCAUAGGCCACACUAGUUUCACAACCAGCAACAUGGUUGAAUUCUAAGUUAGUACUACAAAGUACACCAAAACAAUCUUAGUCCAGACCUCAUGGAGGGAGGAUAAACAUCUGGAAGCAACAGGACAAGAGGAAAUGGCCUCAAACCAUGACAGGCCUCCGGAAGGAGGCAAGCAAAUUAUUCCUUUGUCCACAAUGGUGGAGGUUUGUGUAGGGUACCCAGAACACGGAGAAAAUUGAGGCAAGGAUCUUCCAAGGUGCACUGUGAAGUUUUCCUUCUCCAGCAGUCCCUGCUUGUUUUGUGACUUGCAUUUACAUAAAUUAAAUAAAAAAUAAAAUUAUA